CAUCUGACCGCUGGGAAGACACCAGUGCCAAACUUGACAUCUAGCUUCUGGAUCUGCGUAAUAACCUGGCAAUUUCCCCCCGCAGUUGAACCCCAGGCCCGGGGGCACUGAGUUGUAAACGGGGUAGUCGAUUCCAGUUUCAGAUCAUUUUAGACAGUCAAUAACAAUAACGACAUGAAUUAUUGUUGCUACAUUGGGACAAUACAAUGAAAAAGUCUUUUCCGGAUUUAAAUUUAUGUUGUAUUAGGUGAUACGGAAGAUGAGCGGCGAGGAGUUUGGGUACACCAGAAGGGACCCGCGAGUACUCAGACGGGCCUGCGAACACCCUAUGCCCCUAAAACUCGGAACUGAGCCAGAAGGCGUGUCAGGACGAAGCGCAGGAGGUUUUUCUGGAGUAGGAGUUAUACCGGAAACCGGAAGUGCCCAAGCUAACGUACAACAACGUCCAGCUCCGGAGGCCUCAGUCAUUCGGGACACUUCAAACUCACCAAACGUUGUUCAGUAUCACUACAAGUCUCCUCAGUCUAAUCGAAAAGAAGAAAUGAGAACAGAACACCUGACACCUCUAUCUUCGCAAGACAGAAGUCUAAUUACAGGGUUAUCAAACCUGUCAGUGGACAAAAAUGUGUUCGAGAAUUCAGAAGAUCUACCACAAGUGUUCCAAGUAAAAUACCUGGGCUCUGAAGACGCACGUGGUCUCUGGGGAAUAAAACACACGCGAAAGCCAGUUGAUAACAUGGUAGACUUAGCGAAGUCAUUACCGACAGGCUCGCUCCCGCUGAUGAAACUGAUCGUCUCGACGGAAGGUGUGACUCUUGUUCCCUACGCAAGAAAGGCAGAAGGCACCAACAUUAUCCGCAAAAUUUACCCCAUCGAGACAAUAUCCUACGGCGUGCAAGACCUAGUGUACACGCGCGUCUUCUCGAUGAUAAUUGUCCGUGACUCGGGAAAUUUUCGCAAAAUUUCCCCCUUCGAGUGCCACGGGUUCGUGUGUGAGUCUAAAUACCACGCUCGGCAGAUGACUUACGCUUUGGCAACAGCCUUCCAAAUUUAUUCCCACGCCAUCAAGGCACUCAAAGACGGGAAAGUUCCUUCGGUUAAGAAAUUCGCAAUUGAUCUUCGGACUCCUGAGGAAAUCGAGACCGAGCUAACUCGUGACUCCGAAGCGUAAUUAUUUUUUUUUUUUUAUUUUAAAUACGUUUUGUUUGUUUGUAUAUAUAAGAGUAUAACGAUUGUUGAUAAAUUUGUUGUUUUCGAUACAUAUUUUAUAUCAAGACGCCACGCCUGUCUUUGAGUAUGGCUAGUUGUCCAAAGAUUCCGAUUUUUUAAAGAAUUGUGCUCUUCAGCACUCUAAAUUUCUUUUUUUUUUAUUUAAAUUAAUCAUUUUUUUUUAUAAUUUAAGUCGCUUUUAAGCAGACCAAUAUCAAUUACAUAUCGCUUGUACAUAAAAUAUUUAUAAUAUUAAGUUGUACGUGGGUAUUUAUUAUUUUUAUGGAUUAGAAACACGGUAGUGUCUUGCACUCAAUAGUUAAUUAAGAAAUGACCUUGUAUCUUGUGAAAUAUUGACAUUUUUAAAGAUAUAAGCUCAUCCUGAUGUUACACUU